CAAAAACGACAGAAUGUGGUGAUGACCUCUCUGGCUGCAAAACCUUCUCGCACAAUUCAAGAUAUCCUGAAGUGGCGAGCAGAUGCACGUUGCGUUUUUCAUUUUAAACCAAUCGAGAAUCCACGUUUUAUUUUGCAGCCACGGAUGUUAUCAGUGAAACUACUCAGGCAGGAUUAAAUCGCCGCACAUAGGUAGCUCGGUUUUGCUAUGAGCCCCGCGCUGUGGAUUGACAUCAUAUUUGAUGAGUGUAUCUGAAAUCACUAGCAACCGCGUCGCCGACUUUAAGAUCGAGUUCUCGAUUCCUUUUUAAAUAAUUCUUAUUAUUACUUUUGGAAAUUAGCCGAACCCAGCCACAGCAAUUCAUAGGUGCCUACAUCACACACUCGUCUUUUUUUUUUUCUUCUUGCGCCUGUACUCUUGUUGGCAUUCUGCCAUCUCGACGCAUCCAUAUCAUUCCUUUUCCACACGGCAGAGACAUUUCCCAUAUUUCCCGCCUUCAACGAUCUUAUAAUUUAGCCAUACGUUGAUCAAGUGUUGCCUUCAAACCAUACCAAAGAAUAUACGGAGCUACAACAUAUAGACACUCGAAAUGGGGACACCAUUCAUCAGUCUCCUUGAGCCUAGCAAGCUUGACGGAUACAAACGCGGAACGCCUCUCGAAGAGCAGCCAUCGUCGAUCCCCCAGACUUUCCUAGAUGCUCUGGAAGUUCGCGAGCAAGUCUUUGUCAAGGAACAAAAUGUUCCGGCCGAGAACGAAGUUGAUGAUGAUGAUCCUCGUUCGUGCCACUGGGUUGUCUACGCCAGCGUCAACAAGGUCGAGGAGCUGGAAGUUCGCGAUGAAGAGGGAAAUGUGAUACAACCUCGGAAGAGCUCGACACGCUCAACACCGAUCGGAACCAUCAGACUGGUGCCGUUUCCGCACGACCCACACCCACAGAGAGGGGGCAAAUACUGGAAUGGGAUCCUCCAAGACGAUAAUGGUAGCCAUAUUGGAAGCAAGAAGAUGAAGGAACCGUCGGGAAUCAAGCCAUAUAUCAAAGACCGAGAGACGAUAUUUCACAAUGGCCAAGAGCCGUAUGUAAAACUAGGACGACUGGCAGUGAUCAAAGAGUUCCGAGGACAUGGCAUCUCUGGGCUGCUCGUCAAUACAGUGCUCAGUUGGCUGAAAACUCACCCGUCAUACUUCAAUCCCAACAUCAAAGUAGUCGGCCUCGAACAUCUCAAUCCAGUCGGAGAUGUCAUGAUUAUUCCCCAGUGGUCAGGGCUCGUCUGCGUCCAUGCGCAGAAGCAGGUGGUGCAGCUUUGGAAGAAAUGGGGAUUUGAAGUAGAUGAGGAGAUGGGCACCUGGUGGGAGGAGGGUAUGCCUCAUGUUGGUAUGUUUCAGCGCUUGGAAAUUUCAGAGAAGAUAUCCCGUUUAGAUUAGUUGCCUUCUGCUUCUUAAAACAAGUGAACAUACAUAAUACUACAACCAGUUGAUAGGGAAAGACUCAAUGUUGAGUUUCUCUUCAGAGGCGGGACAGUCAGUUGGGCCGGACAUGGAAAACCAUAUAAUUAUAAACACAGACAGCUUUUGCUUAUACAUUGAAUUUUAGUUCAUUCACCUCUAAGGGAGCUC